AUGCCUGCUCUUAAGACUCUUCUUGCUUCUACCCUCGCUGCCGCAGCUCUUAACCCUAGCUGUGCUCCUGGUGGCAACUUUGACCUCAGCAAAUGGUCGCUUCAGCUUCCUGUUGGCAACCCAGGCAGCCCGACUACUAUCCCCGCUUCGCAACUCGAGGGCUGCGGCGGAUACCAAGACCCAGGUCACCAUUAUUUCUUCACUGAGAGUGGCGACGGUGCCUUGGUGAUGAAAGUGCCUGGAGCGCCCUCAAACACUGGCUGUGUCACUACACCCAACAGCCAGCAUUGCCGCACGGAGCUGCGGGAAAGCAACCCCAGCAGCUGGAGCCCAAACAAUGCCAACAACAAGCUGACAGUGACGCUGGCUGUUGAACAGCCAGAUAACUCGGGCCACGGCACUGUUAUCGGCCAAAUUCACAUCGAUGACAGCGUCAGCACGAAGCCAGUGGCUGAGCUGUACUACAGCUCCAGCGGCGUGCUAGCUAUGGGCGUUGAGCAAACUCGCUCUGGCGGCAACGAGAUCAUUACUACUGUUGGCAAUGUUCCCGUUGGCCAGCAGUUCACCUACACUAUCAGCUACUCCAGCAAUGUCCUUAGCGUCAGCAUUAACGGCGGCGCUGCCAAGACUCUCAGCACCUAUUCCCUGGAUGCCCCUCCCAGCUACUUCAAGGUUGGAAACUAUAACCAGGGCACAAGCGCCUCUGAUGUUCACUUCUUUGCCAUUAACGUUUCUCACUAA